UCCAGGUGCUGAUGAGGACGAGGGACGGCUGACCGGGAGGACGCUUGCCUCGGCGGGGCUGUCUCCGCGGGAGCUCCUCUGCCCCCUGUCCUCCACACAACCUUCUCCUCUUCUUUUCACCUUGCCUGGCAGGGAUGUGAAUGGUGGUCAGGUUCUUGCACUCUCCGACCUGAGGAUGUUUCGGAAGAAGAAGAAGAAGAGGCUGGAGAUCUCAGCCCCGAAGAACUUUGAGCACCGGGUUCACACCUCCUUUGAUUCCAAGCGCGGAUGCUUUGUGGGACUCCCACCCCAAUGGCAGAGCAUCAUCGAGACCCUGCGGAGGCCGAAGCCGGUGGUGGACCCCUCCAGGAUCACACCGGUGGAUCUCAAGCCAAAGAAGACCAUCGUACGAGGGAGCUUCAUAGGGCAUGGGGAGUACAUCUCCGCCGUGAUCUCUGACAUGAGCCGUCUCUCGGUGACCAGCUCCAACUCUUUACGGAGGAGCAGCCCCUCAGCUCGGAAGCGGGCCCAGUCUCUGGGCAGGCUGGGGGAGGUGAAAGAGGUGGACACGUACCAGUACGAGGACCUGGCCAUGGGGGACCCCAGCAGUGGAGAGCAGCACUGGCGUGAAAAAAUGCGAAAUGUGCGCAGCGAGAGUGGGAGCCCUCAUCUGGGUGGCAGGAAAAAUACCGCGCUGGAAGCCAACGGGAUCCUGCCCAGAGCCAAGUCUACGUACGAGGUCAGCGUCACCUCCUUAGAUGGGCCCCCAUCCCCAGGCAGCAAUGGGGAGACACCGAGCCCGCGGCCAGAAGCACGUGGUGAUGUGAGCAGCCCCACAGGCAGACUGGUAGUUCACAGGGACAAAGCUCCAAGAGUGGCCCCUCCUGCCCAGAGACCCGUCUCCUGCUUCUACAGCCCAUCAACAAGUGCGCCACAGCCCCAAGGGGGCCUCGUGCCAGGCGUCCACAUCGGCGACAGACCACAGCUCCGCUCCCAGAACAGCCCUGGGAGGCCCUACUCCUCCUAUGAUUUGAAGGGAGAUUCGGUUCUAAGGCACCAAGUUGGCUUAUUGUCCAACGGCACCACUAGUCCACUAGAAGGUGGCACCAGGACCCACAGAGCUGUUCGGCCCUCGUCAAGCUACACCACUGGACUGUCCCCCAACAUGGGGGCACGGCCGAAUGGCCCGGACCCGUUCCUGUACCCAGCAGGUAGCCCGAGACCCACACCUCCUAGGCAAGACAGCCCGUCCCAGCCACGACCGUCACCAGCGGGUUCACUGGCUACCAGUCCCCCUGGCACCUGCUCCCCCUCCUUCCGGCCCCCUCAGUACCCCUCCCCUAGGCCGCCUCCCGACCCCCCCAAGGUGACCCAUGAACAGUUCAAGGCUGCCCUGCAGAUGGUGGUGGACAAAGGGGACCCUCGCUCCUACCUGGAGAACUUUGUGAAGAUCGGGGAGGGUUCGACAGGUGUGGUGUGCAUCGCCCGAGAGAAGCACAGUGGUCGACUCGUGGCUGUGAAGAUGAUGGACCUCCGGAAGCAGCAGCGGCGAGAGCUUCUCUUCAACGAGGUCGUCAUAAUGAGGGACUAUCAGCACCGCAGUGUGGUGGAGAUGUACAAAAGUGCCCUUGUGGAAGAGGAGCUCUGGGUUAUCAUGGAGUACCUCCAGGGUGGUGCUCUGACCAACAUUGUGUCUGAAACCAGGCUCAGCGAAGAACAGAUCGCCACGGUGUGUGAGGCUGUGCUACAGGCCUUGGCCUAUCUGCACUCCCAGGGCGUCAUUCACAGGGACAUUAAAAGUGACUCGAUCCUGCUCACCCUGGAUGGGAGGGUCAAGUUGUCCGACUUUGGGUUCUGUGCCCAGAUCAGCAAAGACAUCCCCAAGAGAAAGUCUUUGGUGGGAACACCAUACUGGAUGGCACCAGAGGUUAUCUCCAAAACCCCGUACAGCACAGAGGUGGACAUCUGGUCUCUAGGUAUCAUGGUGGUGGAGAUGGUGGACGGAGAGCCUCCCUACUUCAGUGAGGCACCAGUGGCAGCUAUGAAGAGACUGAGGGAUGAGCCAGCACCUACUGUCAGGAACCUGCACAAGAUCUCCCCAGUGCUGAAGGAUUUCCUGGACCGCAUGCUGACCCGGGACCCACUGGAGCGGGCCAGUGCCACUGACCUGCUGGAGCACCCCUUCCUGCUGCAGAGUGGGUCACCGCAAUGCCUGGUUCCACUGGUGGAGCAGUACCGCAAGCGCAUGUCCCACUGCUGAUCUAUGGGCCCGUCCAACCCGACCAGGCCCUGAAACUCAGCACAGUGAAACGGAAAGGCACGAGUACAAAAGCAUGCCCACGGCGCUGAUCAAGAUGCCCCAACUCUCAAAACAGAGGGAUCAGACUCGGCUGUGCGCCAGCGCUUGGAGGAAUCAGCAUGACCGCAGAACAAGGAAAUGGACUUUGUCAGAAUGGUGUCUGCAUGCAAACAUCACAGAUUCAGGGGCAGCACACCUUUCACCGGCACCCUGUCUCAGAGCGGUAGGAUUCCUCGCUGUUGAACGAGGACCUUGUGUUAACACAUACAGACAUAUGAUGAAAGACAACUGGACCGAGAGAGGAACACACGCCAUUAUACCGCUGGGUAUUUCAUCUCGGAGCGGUCCGAUGAGGAGCCGAGCCUGCAACGAACUUCUGAGAAACAGGUAGCGUGCCGUUGAUCCUGACGAUACUGGACACGCCUGGCGUUAAUAAGCUUAGAUUAGUCAUGUCCUUAUAGUAAUCGAUUAGUCUAAGGAAACGAUGAGACGUCUCAUGGGUUUUGAUUGCUUGGACAAGUCCUGGAUUUCCAUCCUGUCAUCAACCAAUUGGUCUUUAAUUAUGACGAAGAGGCCAGUUUUGCAUCUAAACGAUGGGGGACAUCUGAGUAUCUGCUUUCAAAGGAGACGGUGGAAACAAAGGGAUUUUGAUUAUUUUCAUAUUUAUGUAUUUUAUCUUCUCGGAGAAAAAAUGAUCACCUGCUUUUCUGGAAGGUGUUGUGAACAAUUUGUAAGAUGUGAAACUGUAAAUGUGACUUCUGAGCCUCAAAGUGUGAACAAAUUCAUGUUGUAUAGGUGACCGGAGCCGUUUGUUAGAGAGACACAACAUUCAUGGAGGAUCUGGGGGGUUCAGUGUGUGACACCUCCUUGCUCAAGUGUGUGUCGCCAGUGUGUGUGCUGAUGCCCUGCUGUGACUGUUGGCCGCUCCUCGCACUGCAGUGUGUGUGUGUGUGCUGUGUGUGUGUAGAGUGUGUAGGUGGAGCACAUUGUCUUUGUGUCCUAGCAGGGUUUUACCCUGUUUAUACCAGUGUGCAUUUCAACAAAGAGUGCACGUAUAUGCUUUAAUUUUGUAAGAAAUACAAAUAAACAGAUAUUACAUAUGAAGCGCUU